GCAGAGUUCUGUCCAAAAGUGUCCAAGUGAAGUGAUUAAAAAUGCAGAAAUACCUCGUGAUUGGUUUUGUGGUUGUUGCUCUGGCGUGCAAUGCCACGAACGUGGAUGGAAAGAACUGUGUCCCACCAAAUAAAGCUAAUCCUAAGGAGUGCUGCCACUUCCCGCGUCCAAUUAAUGAUGAUCAAUUCCACAAAUGUGUCGAGGAGUUUGGGAAGCAAACACGCAGGAAUUUGGAAGCAAUUGAAUCUGGAGGUCCUGCAAGGGGAUGCUGCGUCUCUGAAUGCGUCAUGAACUCCACGGGAGCCGUUGUUGAUGGACACAUCGAUGUUGGUAUAAUGAAGCGCGUUAUGAAGGAAGUGAGCGGUGAUGUGUCUGAAUGGGAGGAAAUUGUGGGAAAAGCCACGGAAAAGUGCAUUGGUGAGGCUGAAGCGAAAACCGAUGAAUUUGAGAAAAUCAUGCUGCUUCCCCCACUGAAUCCCGAUGAUCGCGUUUGCAAUCCCAAAUUCGGCUUCAUGAUGGAGUGCAUUAUGAAGGAAUUGUACCUCAAUUGCCCCGAGAAGAUCUUCCAAAAGGACAAGCCUGAAUGUGAGGAACUCAAGACCUACAUGGGCGAAUGUCCGUAUCCAAAGAAGAAGUUGGAAUUGACUGAGGAAGAAUAAAUCACGCAUUGCAAAAAAUAAGAAACAAAUAAUCUCGUUGUAAAGUUCACCAAUUAAGUUUGCAUCAUUGUGACUCUUUGCGGAAAUUUCAAAUAAAGCUGUGAAAUAAAAUUGAUUCGUCGAA